AUGGCCUUCUUGCGGCAGACCUGGACCUUGACGUCCAAGAAUCUCAAGAUCGUCGUUUUGCGCCAUUGGUAUGCCACUCUCAUAAGAGCGUUUAUCCUUCCCAUUCUUCUGGCAGCUUUCCUUACUUUUGCGCGGAAUCUAUUCGUUCCGCCCGCUGUGUACGGCAUUGGCGACUCGCGCCCUAUUAGAUCCCUACAGAACGGACUGGCUGCUGCGACCGAGACGAAUCGUAAUACAGUCGCUUUUGUGGAUAAUGGCUUCGUUGGUGGCGAUAUCGAACGUGUUAUCGAUACGCUUGCGCAAACCGUAUCCGGAGCUGGGAAGAAUGCGUCGAGGUUAUCGAGUCUGUCCGAUUUAUCGUAUGCAUGCCGGAGUUCUUUGCGCGGCGUAUCGCCUUGUUACGGCGCAGUAGUAUUCUACUCCUCCCCAACCGAAGGAGAAGGGGGGAUAUGGAAUUAUACGCUUCGAGCAGACGGCGAGUUAGGGUCAAAGAUUGAUGUGACAAAGGACGAUAAUAGUGCCCAAGUCUAUACUCUCCCUUUGCAACGCGCCGUGGAUACCGCUAUUUCCCGUGUUUCUAAUCCUGAUGGCCAGUCGCGGAUCCCGGACCUUAUUGACGAGUACCCGUUCACUCCCGAAACCCAAGAGGAACGGGCCGCACGGAUCCGGCGUAACUACCAAUCGUCGUUAACGAACUUCCUGAGCGUAUCUUUUUUCGUAGUCGUUAUCGGUAUUUGCUAUCAUAUGACCGGCCACAUGGCAACCGAAAGAGAAAUAGGCAUGUCUCAGUUGCUAGACGCCAUGAUGCCCACAAGGUACCGAUGGGAACCCCAAGUUGCACGGUUGCUCUCGUACCACAUUGCCUUCACCGCAGUCUAUCUUCCAGGAUGGGUGAUCGGCUCUAUCAUCAUUGCGCGGGGAGUUUGGCCAGAUACGAGCGUUGCCAUUGUGCUUCUUUACUUCAUUCUUACCGGUCUUGCUUUGGGCUCUCUCUCCAUCCUGAGCGGCUCGUUUUUUAGCAAAUCACAGCUUUCCGGCGUUGUGACUACGAUUGCCAUAAUUCUGCUAGCCAUCCUAGCGCAAACUCUGACAUCGCCUAAGACUGGUACCGUUGCGGCUUUGAGUUUACUUUUUACGCCUUGUAACUUUGUAUGGUUCAUGACUUAUAUAGCGCGAUAUGAAAGAUUAUCUUAUCCGGCCGAUUUAAUCAAUAACCCCCCUGACAAUCCUUGGAACAUACCUGGUGUUGUUUUUUGGGUGUUCCUCGCCAUUCAGAUCAUUGCCUAUCCUCUCAUUGGAGCUUAUUUUGAACGGGUGCUACACGGCACGACUACAAAGGGCCGUACAAUUCUUCAAGGACAAACUGCGGACACGGCACCGACCGAUGCCGUUCGCUUAGAGGGCUUCACUAAAAUAUACUACCCUAGUUUUCUUAAUCGAUUGCUUCCCUUCCAAUCGGCGCCAAAAGAGCCAGUCGUGGCCGUUGAUAAGCUAACACUCACUGCAAGGAGGGGUCAAAUAUUGGCUUUGCUCGGCGCUAAUGGUAGUGGAAAGAGUACGACGCUUGACUCGAUUGCUGGUAUCAGCAAAUUGACCAGCGGCGGUAUUACGAUUGAUGGAACAGGGGGGUUGGGUAUCGCGCCGCAGAAGAAUGUUUUAUGGGAUGAUUUGACAGUUGAAGAACACAUUCGGAUUUUCAACAGGCUAAAAUCCCCGAAAGCUCUUGCGUCUAAACAAGAGAUUAAUGACUUAGUGGUAGCGGUGGAUCUUGGGCCAAAAAUCAAGGCCCUGUCCAAGACCCUUUCGGGUGGUCAAAAGCGAAAGCUGCAACUUGGAAUGAUGUUAACUGGUGGCAGUGCCGUCUGCUGUGUUGACGAAGUCUCUUCGGGAAUCGACCCCCUAUCGCGACGAAAAAUAUGGGAUAUUCUUUUAGCUGAGCGUGGAAAACGAACUAUCAUCCUUACCACCCAUUUCCUCGACGAAGCUGACUUACUUGCUGACCACAUUGCUAUCCUCUCUAAGGGUACGUUACGAGCUCAAGGAUCUUCUGUCGAGCUCAAGGAGAGAUUGGGCGCCGGAUAUCGAGUACACGUAUUCAAUGCUAGAGAGAUCAAGAAUCCCCCGGAGAUCAAAAACGUCACCCGCAAGAUAGGUUUCGAUGUGAUCAGCUAUAUUGCACCAACAUCUAGUCUUGCCGCAGAUGUAAUACGCUCUCUUGAGUCUGCCGGAAUCCGCGAUUACAAGUUUUCCAACCCUACUAUCGAAGAUGUUUUCUUACAAGUAGCUGAGGAAGUUCAAGGAGAGCAUGUCAUGAGACAAGGGGAGAGUUCAUCUGCUGAAGUUGCUGCUGAGAAGCAAGUGGGACCCGAAGGCAGUAUCGGAAGUGAGCUUGAGAAGGAUAGAUUAGAGUUGCUUUCAGGGCGUCCAAUUCGCUAUUUGAAGCAAACUGGUGUACUGUUCAUGAAGCGGUGCACUAUUUUCAAGACGAACUGGUUUCCUUAUGUGGCAGCCUUCUUAAUUCCUAUAAUAGCGGCAGCUCUGACAGCUUUAUACGUCACGGAUCAGCACCCAGUGGGAUGUAGCCCGGCUGAUCAAAAGAAUAUCGAUUUAUCGGGUUCUUUGGGUCUAUACGACAAUAUGUGGCUAAUUGCUGGUCCAUCUUCACAAUUUAGUAGUGAAACGAUCCAGAGGCUUUUCGGCCCUAUCUUCAUGGGUCAAAACCAGAACCUGGAUUUGAGCCAGUUCCUUGCGAGAGCAGAUAAUGAGACCGGGGCGGGAUCAAAUUCUCCAGCUUCUUUUAUGCAGAGCUUACAUUUGGUCGAUUCGCUAGAUGAGUUCAACAACUUUGCCGUACAGAUGCGGAAGAAUAUUACACCCGCUGGGUGGUGGCUUGGGGAUGCUAAUUCUGCGCCUACUGUCUUAUACAAAGCAGAUGGUGGAGACGUUAUCACCUCACUUUUCGGGUUGAAUGCUUUAGACGUUAUGCUAACCAACACUACUAUCGCUACGACUUACGCUCCGUUCGACACACCUUGGGCGCCGUCAACUGGGGACUCCCUGCAGCUACUAAUCUACUUUUGCCUAGCCAUGUCCAUCUAUCCCGCCUUUUUUGGUCUUUACCCCAAUAUUGAGAGGCGCCGGAACGUUCGAGCAUUACAGUACUCGAACGGCGUGCGUUCGCUGCCGCUCUGGGCUUCUUAUACCCUGUUCGACUUUGCAAUUGUUGUUGUCGCCUCCGCGCUUGCUACCGUUGCUUUUGCCGCAUCUUCCGAUGUCUGGUAUCACGUCCCUUACCUCUUCCUCGUCUUUAUAUUGUACGGCUUAGCGUCUACCUUGUUAUCAUAUGUUAUAUCUCUAUUCAGCAACAACCAGCUGUCGACAUAUGCUUUCUCGGCAGCCGGCCAGGCCGUCGGCUUUCUUAUUUACUUGAUUGCAUAUCUCUGCGUUCUUACAUACUCACCGGUCAUCCUUAUUGAUUCGUCUAUAUUGGUUGCCCAUUUCGUUAUAUCGGCUUUCUUGCCUAUUGGUUCGGUUGUCCGAACAAUGUUUGUCGCCCUCAACCUUUUCUCGGUGUCGUGUGACGGAGACCAAAUUCAGAGCAAUCCGGCCGCUAUAACUGCUUAUGGCGGCCCGAUUCUUUACUUGAUUAUACAGUCGAUCCUCUUAUUUGGUUACCUGCUCUGGCACGACAGUGGGGCUGGAAGCAGUUUGCUGAGUCGCAUUACGCAAAGGUCACCGCCGUCCUCCAACGACCCAGCUGCUUCAGACGAAGAAAUUGCCAACGAACUCGUCCGCGUAACUAGCACUCCUCAGGAUAGCGAUGGUCUCCGAGUGCUACACUUGACGAAAACGUUCGGAAAGAACACGGCUGUUGAUAAUGUUACGUUUGGCGUUCAGCACAGCGAAGUCUUUGCCUUAUUAGGACCUAAUGGCGCCGGAAAGUCUACGACUAUCUCGUUGAUUCGCGGUGAUAUCCAGCCUAGUUAUAACGGAGGUGAUGUUCUCGUUGAGAACACAUCUGUGAGUCGCCGUCGUGCUGAAGCUCGAUCCCACUUAGGUGUAUGCCCUCAAUUUGAUGCUAUCGAUUCGAUGACGGUCCUCGAGCAUCUACGGUUCUAUGCCCGCGUCCGAGGUAUCCCUGACAUCGAGCAUAAUGUCCAAGCCGUCCUUCGCGCCGUAGGUCUCGAAGCCUUUUCGACUCGUAUGGCACAUGCGCUCUCCGGCGGAAACAAGAGAAAGCUAUCGCUCGGCAUUGCUCUCAUGGGUAACCCCAGCGUCGUCCUGCUCGACGAACCCUCUUCGGGUCUCGACGCGGCGGCUAAGCGAAUAAUGUGGCGGACGCUACACUCGAUCGUGCCCGGCCGAUCCAUCCUCCUCACCACGCACAGCAUGGAGGAAGCCGACGCGCUCGCGAACCGCGCCGGCAUCCUGGCGAAGCGCAUGCUGGCCAUGGGCACCACGGACAACCUCCGGCAGCGCUUCGGCGACACCCUCCACGUGCACAUGGUGAGCAAGUCGGCGCCGCACUCGACGGCCGAGGAGAUGGAGCGCGUGCGAGCGUGGGUCGUCGACACGUGGCCGGACGCGGAGGUCGAGCAGAAGACGUACCACGGGCAGAUGCGGUUCUCGAUACCGGCGAGCGCGGUCGGGGGCAGCAGCAACGACGGCAGCGCGGUCGGCCGGCUCAUCGUGAUCUUGGAAGAGCACAAGGAGGAGCUCGGCAUCGAGCACUUCUCCUGCACGCCGACGACCCUCGACCAGGUGUUCCUGACGAUCGUCGGGCAGCAUAAUGUUCGAGAGGAGGGGUACGGCGAGAAGAAGAAGAAGAGGUGGUGGGCGUGGAGGUAG